UGUGUCAACCUGCUUCAAUUUGCACUUUUUAACUUCAUUUUUGAGCAGUUCUCUUGUUAGCUUUCUCGCUAAUAUGAAAACCCCGAGGAAGGAUAAUAACUGUUGAGUGUAUAAAUUGUCGUGACAACAUUUAUUUGCCUUUUUUUGCCGUGGACAUCACCUCUGCCUGCGGGAAAUACAGCUGGCUAACGUUAACAGUUAGCGCAGCAGCUUGAAGAUCGGGCGUGAGCCUGCGGUGCCAAACAAAAGGGGGAUGGAUCCUCUGGGUGCUCGCUCCCAGUUUGUGGACAUCCAGACUCUCCCCACAUGGCAGCAGCAGCUUGGCGAUGACCGCAAAGAGACUCUGCAGGACCAGAAUAACAGCCUGCUUAACCAGGCCUUCCCCUCGCCCUUCCCCUUCAGACAAGACAUCAACCGCAAAAUCAUCCUCUUCACCGGUGACGUCGCCCUGCUGAACUGCACCGCCAUCACCAACACAAGCAACGAGUCGCUGAACGACAAGAACCCGGUGUCUGACCACAUCCAUCAGCUGGCAGGACCCGAGCUGAGAGACGAGCUGCCCAAACUCAAAGGAUGUCGGACAGGAGAGGCGAAGCUGACCAAAGGCUUCAAUCUGGCAGCCAGGUUCAUCAUCCACACGGUGGGACCAAAGUACAAAGCAAAGUACAGGACGGCAGCGGAGAGCUCGCUGUUCAGCUGCUACAGAAACAUCUUGCAGCUGGCCAUAGAGCAGUCGAUGUCAUCUGUUGGCUUCUGUGUCGUGAGCACGACCAAAAGAGGUUACCCACUGGAGGACGCUACACACAUUGCUUUCAGAACAGUGCGCAGAUUCCUGGAGAAUCAUGGGAACAGCAUCGAGACGGUGGUGUUUGCAGUGUCUGAUACAGAGGAGCCGGUGUACAAAAAGUUACUGCCUCUGUACUACCCUCGUUCCGAGGAAGAGGAGAAGGUCUGCCUGCCUCUCAUCCCAGCUGACAUCGGCAACUCUGAGGGCGAACCCGUCGUCCCUGAGAGACAGAUCCGCAUCGCAGAGAAACCAGGGACCCUGGAAGAUGAUUCUGAAGAGGAGAGUUUGGAGUCAGAUCUGGGCCAGGUGGGGAAUCAUGCUUUCGCCCGGAUGGAAGGUGACGUGGACAAACAGCGCAAACUGAUCCUGCAGGGCCAAAUGUCAGAGGCAGCCAUGCAGAAGCAGCACCAGAGGAAUUACAACCGCUGGCUGUGUCGAGCGAGAGCAGAAGAUCUGUCAGACAUCGCUGCACUGAAAGCCUUAUAUCAAACAGGUGUGGAUAUGUGUGGCAGAACAGUGAUGGUCGUGGUUGGACGAAACAUCCCAGUGACCCUUAUUGACGUUGAAAAGGCCCUGCUGUAUUUCAUCCAUGUGAUGGAUCACAUCACAGUGAAGGAGUAUGUGGUGGUGUACUUUCACACACUGACCGGCGAGCACAACCACUUGAACUCUGACUUCCUCAAGAACCUCUACGACAUCGUCGACGCCAAGUUUAAAAAGAAUCUGAAGGCCUUCUACUUUGUACAUCCAACAUUUCGCUCAAAGGUCUCGACAUGGUUCUUCACCACCUUCAGUGUGUCAGGGAUGAAGGACAAGGUCCGCUACCUGGACAACCUGCCGCAGCUCUUCACCUGGAUCAAACCUGAGCAGAUCGACAUCCCUCCGUUCGUCUUGGAGUACGACGCACGGGUGAAUGGACCGUACCAUCACUCCCAGUCUUCCAGUCUGUGACAGGAGACCGAUCAAACAUCUCUGUCGGGGUAUCAAGGUGGUGGCAGCCUGUCAAAUGGAAGCCAUUCAUGGACAUUAUGUUGCCAGUGUGGUCUGAACUGCUUACAUCUUCUACAGGAUCUGAUCCAUAGUGGGGAUUCUUCCAAAAGGACAAAAUUAACAGACACAGCCCACAUUUAGAAGCAUGUUACGUGGCAGGCGGUUGUAUCUCACUCACCACAAGCUAUUUGUGGAUCUCAUAUGGUUUCUGGAUUAUGCCUUACACCUAGAGUUCUUAUUCAGCAGUUUCCUUAAACAACCCUUAAAUAUGAAGUGUAAUGUCAAGCCUGACAGUUGCUCAAAGCCGUUUCCAUUGUGCGGUCAUAUCAGACGUCCUUCCCCAUGUCUCACAACACUGCAAGACUUUUUCAAACGCCGCAGUAAGACUUGGGAAGAUGACGUCUGUCUGGAUUUUCACAACAUUUCUGUCUAUAUUGUACUGCGCUGCACUGCAGAAACUCUGGAUCAAGAAAAUACUAAUGCUGCAUUGCACUCUGUUGAAAGUUGGAAAUUCCCACCUGGUCGGUUGUAAAAAUAACUAGUUUCAUGCAGUCACACUCUGAAAAGCCCAGGGCAGAAAAGAGGAUAUCUGGGAGGUUGUCUUUGAUAGACAAAAACAAUGGUCCUUGUGCGACAUCUAACAUGUUACUCUAUGUUAGCUACCUAGGUAGAAUAGAGCAUUAACUGUACAUCUGAAACAUGUGUGUAUCUUUAAAUUCACACAAAGCGUAUGUGUGGAAGGUGGCACACUGAAAAUGUUUUUUAAGAGUUGAUGUCAGAUAUCUGCAUCUUUCUUGGAGUCCUGUCUUCACAGGAUUUUUCCAUUGCACGAAGUUUGUAAUUUCGCACUCAUCUGGAACACAGCGGAUAUGUUUUUGCUAGGCUGGUGAACCUAAUCAAGGAUACCAGCACUGAAAUACUAAAUAACUACUAAUACUAAAUAAUUUCAUCAAUACAAAUUCAGCUGCAUUUUCAAGAAUCAGUUAAUGGUUGAAGUUAUUUAAAAGGCAAAAAUACCAAAUCACAGUUUCUCACGUGAGAAUUUUCAAUUUUUUCUGUAUUACAAUAUUGUAGACAGAAUACUUUUUGGGUUUUGGACUGUACGUCACAGGAACUUCUGCUGGCCGUUUUUCACUGUAGUUUAUUCAAUUUAAAAAUGAAUACAAUAGUUGAUUAUGAAUAUAACUGUAGGUUGUGGCCCUACUGGUAAGGUCAGACAUGAAGUUCUCUUCUUCAAUGGUACUGCCUGCUUGAGCAAGGCUAGCCUUUGUAAAAUACAACCUGCUUAUCAGCCUUUAGGUCCUUGCUGUCUGCAGGAUGCAUUUUAUAGCUUUAAGCCAACAGUUCUCAACCAGGAGGUCCGGUCGUGAUGAAGGAGGCUAUAAGCAACAUUCUCUUUCCGCACUAACUUAUUAUCGUGUAAUUGCAUCCACAAUUGUAAUUUAUGUCUUGUGAAACUUCAGCUGCGUUGCUUCCUCUGUUUUUUCUUUGCUUGAACAGUUCAAAUGCCAAAAAAAGGAUGAAAAUCACUUCCUUACAGCAGUUGGCAUCCUCACAUGAGGAAGAAAAGUACAUUUAGCUGACUUUUCUUUUGCCCUUGCCAAAAGAGUUUAACUUUUUUUGUGCCUGUUUGUUAAAAUGAGCAUUUUGUUCCUCAGUCACUAAUUUUGCUUUUUAUUUGCACAGUUGGCUCCAUUUCAUUUGGUGUUUUCAAAAUGCACAAGUAGUUUAAUUUAACUUGGACAUCCAGACUGGGGGGUUUACCUUAUCUAAAUCAAAUGUACUGAACUAAACUUUGAAAACAUUCCUGUAAUUGUCCACACUUUCGAAGCAGUUAUGAUGUAGCAAACUCCAUCUGUCUGGUACACAGAGAAGUAACACUAUCAAAGUAAAAGUAGAUUCUGUUUAGCUCAAAUCCAUCACCGUUGGAAGAAAUUUCACCUGCGUGUUCUUCUGUCUUGACCAUGUCUUCUCCAAUUGGCUGGGCUUCCACACACCGUCAGGAAACUUGACAUCUUUAAAUAAUUUCAAGUGCUCACUCAGAAUAGAUACUGUAUCAGUGAUUAAAAAAUCCUGUCCUGGUCAGACAAGUCACGUGACACUAUCAUACAGAAUUCAAAUAGAAACCUGAGGCAUACAUGUUGUUGGAGUUUGUAUAAUCAAAAGGAGAAAUGUGCUGUGUCGUUACUUAAAGACUUCUCUAGAGAUUGCUGUACUCCUGUACAUUUUAAAUCAAUAAACAAUCAAUCACCCUGUAAGUAAAAUGCAGUCAAAUAGAUGUUGACCCCU